GGCUGGACUAAACGCCACGUCGGUUAGAUAGGAACGGAGGGCGCAUCAGACCUGCAGCCUCUCUCAGUAAACUAGAGUUCAAAGUAAAUCCGUAUAGAAAUACAGAUUUACAGUGCGCGUGCACGCUUCGCAGGCGGUGAGAUGAGGGCCCUGUAUGCGUUUGUGCUGCUGCUGCUGUUUGGUUUAGCAGUGCGGUCAUGUGAACACGGACAUCACCAUGACCACGGACAUCAUCACGGACAUCACCAUGAUCACGGACAUCACCAUGGGCAUCAUCAUGACCACGGACAUCACCAUGGGCAUCAUCAUGACCAUGGGCAUCACCAUGGAGACGUGAAGAUGUUUCAUGGUGCAAGCAAAUGGAGUGCAGAGGCAAAUCUGCCCUCUGAAGAGGAAGAGCUUCACCAUGGGCAUGCCCAUGACCAUGAGCACGGACAUGACCACGCCUACGAGCACGGACAUGACCACGGACAUGACCACGCCCACGACCACGGACAUGACCACGACCACGGACAUGACCACGCCCACGAGCACGGGCAUGACCACGCCCACGAGCACGGGCAUGACCACGAGCACGGGCAUGACCACGCCCACGAGCACGGACAUGACCACAAUCAUGGACAUGCCCACGAUCACGGACACCACCAUGGACACUCCCACAGCCAUUCCAAAGAGCGUAUGAAGCGUGGGAUACUGGCUGAGAGUCGGGACUCAGUGGAGUUGUGGAUGCAGGCAGUGGGAGCAACGUUGCUGAUCAGCGCUGCGCCUUUCCUCAUCCUCUUCCUCAUCCCGGUGCAGUCAAACUCAGAUCAGCACCAGAACCUGCUGAAGAUCCUGCUGAGCUUUGCCUCAGGGGGCCUGCUGGGUGAUGCCUUCCUGCACCUCAUCCCUCAUGCGCUGGCGCCUCACUCUCACCAUGGAAACGAGGACCAAUCAGCCGCUGAAGAGGAGUCACAUGGGCAUUCUCAUGGUGUGGCACACGAUCACAUGAUGUCUGUGGGUCUCUGGGUUCUCGGAGGUAUCGUGGCGUUCCUGGUGGUGGAGAAGUUUGUGCGUCUGCUGAAGGGAGGGCACUCUCACUCUCACUCUCACGCUGCUCCGAAAUGCAAGGACAGCGAUGGGGAGGGGGAGAAGGAGGGAGCCAAAAAGAAAGAUGAGAAAAAGGACAAGAAGGUGAAGAAAGUGAAAGAGGAGAGCUCGGAUAUUAAAGUAUCCGGUUAUCUGAACCUGGCCGCUGAUUUCACCCACAACUUCACGGACGGCCUGGCCAUCGGCGCCUCUUUCCUGGUUGGUCCUGCUGUCGGCGUGGUAACCACCAUCACCAUCCUCCUGCACGAGGUGCCACAUGAGAUUGGAGACUUCGCCAUCCUUGUCCAAUCAGGAUGCACCAAGAGGAAGGCCAUGUGUCUUCAGCUCCUGACUGCCAUUGGCGCGUUAGCCGGUACUGCCUGCUCCCUAUUGGCUGAGGGAGUGGGUGAGGCCGCCACCGCCUGGAUCCUCCCCUUCACGGCCGGCGGCUUUGUUUACAUCGCCACGGUGACUGUACUGCCGGAGCUGCUUAGUGGCCGCUCGAGCGUGGGUCAGUCGGUGUUGGAGAUUGCUGCCAUGCUGUUCGGCGUGGGGAUGAUGGUGAUCAUCGCAGAGUACGAGUGAGACACGGAGACAGUGAAUUCCUUCGAGACUCAGGGGAAGAUACAGAAAUAGAAAACAAUGUGUAAAUGUGUCAGUGAUGAUUACAGACGAGUGAAUGAGUGAGAGAGAGAGAGAGAGAGAGAGAGAAUUGGAGGCCUUUGUCAGAGAAGUGCACUAAAAGGCCCAAAGUCCAAGCCCUGUCCCAGCACUGGACAUAACGUCCUCCCAAACAAGGGACCGUAUUACUUUCAGCUGACACACACACACACACACACACUCAUUUUGUUUGAUUCAUAUUCAAAUAAUGCACAAUUUAAGUUGAAAGAAAUGUUUUUCUUUGACACAGCAAUGUUCUUUGUUGCUUCCUGAAAUGUGGAAGGUUUAUCUGGCUCAAGUUAAACACCGAUAUCCAUAUUAGGGCCCUAGAUAGGCGCUGAAGUGCACACUGCUGAACCCAUGUAUGUGUAGCUCACACGUUUGCUUUGAUUUACUCAGCUUUCCAAAAGCAGGUCUUUUUUUUUUUGUAAGGAUCUUUGUUCCUUAAUUUUUUUAUUUUUUUAUUGUAAAUGACAAGUUAGCUAUUUAGCACGGACACUAGGCAAGCUGUUGCCCUGUCCCUUGUUUUGAUUGGCCAGAAACUGACUAGCCCUUAAGCUUAUAGCUGAAUAAUCGUGUAAGCUAGUUCCAUUCAUGGCAUUUUGGCAGAAUGACUUGACUUAUUUUUCUUUAUACGACUGAGCAGUUGAGGGCUAAGGGCCUUUCUCAAGGGCCCCACAGAGGUAACUUAUGAUUAAUAAUCCAACAUGAGAUUUACACUGCAUGAAGUUUAUUUAUCAUCCAUAAGUGCUAGUUAUCCUUGCUGUCAUGUGUCUAGUGCAGCAGGCGGUGUGAUUCUGAACAUAUAGCAUAAAGAUGUCACAUCACCAUAAAUCUCCUUAGCAUACACAUCAAGAUCACUCAUGAGUAGGGAUUUUAUUCUUUUUUUUCUGCUGUUAAAGUAGCCUAGGCUACUGAUUUACCCUCAACAAUCAUUUUCCACCAAAUGACCCUAAUCAAGUAACCUAGUCUAAUCUAGGAUGCUUGUGUAUGUAAAGAUUUUUUUUUCACAUAACACUAUAUAGUACAGCAGCGAACAUCUGUAUCUCUCAGAUAAGAAGCUCCACAUGGUUAGUUUGGUGUUUUAUUUGUCCUCUAGCUUCGAGUCUCUGUGUGUAGAAUGAGCUGUCUAGCUCUCUAAUAUGGAUAUUUAUCAUCUCCACUGUUGAGAGGAUCUCAACAGUAAGACAGCAGUAAGACUGAAUGAGCACAAGGUGAUGAUGUAGCAUCAGGUUUUAGUAUAACCACAAAGCCUACAUCAGCACUUUGACUCAACAAAGUCCCGCAUUAUAUUUUACAGUUUUCUUCCACUUUUUGAGCUGGACUGGACAGGAAGUUUGUUUUUUUUUAAGCCACUUUUAUGCCCGUGUCACUUCCUCUGUCUGUAAAAGUUCUCUGCAGUUACUGAAGAUACUGUUGUGUUUUGAUGCUUGUGCCAAGAAUCAAUUCUAUCAAUCAAUUAUAUAGCUAUUGUUGAAAUAAAUAUUGGCACCCUCUUGUUCUGUAAUUGCUGAGGAAUUGUCAUACUGAUAACGUUUAAAACUUUAUUCUGGUUUACAAAACUAUCGUAAUACUGUAUUUCAGUACACUACGUUAGCGACCGACCCGUUCGGGCUAGCAUGCUACAUAUGCUACGACGUGUUGGCUAACUAACUGACGAAACAUCCACGAUAGCAAUAUUGUGCUUUAUAUUGCAGUAGAAAUCUUAGAAUUUAUGAUUGGCACAUGCCUACAUGAAGUGUGUUGUCUUUGUUUCUCCUAUGUUUAGUUUUAUUUGUGCAUGGCUGUACUUAAAUUCUGUCACAAAUGUCUCCAAGUCAUUCCCUCCAUGUUUUUUUUUAUUGCUCUAUAAAGUGAACGUAGAUGA